AGUCAUUCUGUGCGAGGCGGAACCUUCCUUCGCGGCACUGCGGGGAAGGGUUUUCUCGUCGGACUCGGUUGCUGCUUACAUUUUUCUGAAUAGAAACUAAACUGCAGGCGGAGGGAUGAGUCUCUCCCCUGUGAUUGGCACUGAGGUGCCAGAAACACCAAACGGGGAUGUGACCCCCAUCUCUUCAGAGAACGGCCCUCAUGUUCCGGUCUCGGGGAAAUGUGGGGAAAGCAGAGUGCCCUGUUCUGGGGAGGAAUCAGAGGACGGAGACCUUGGACACACUGAGAACCAUGUAGAUAUGGAAAACAGAGUUUACGAUGGCGAAGGACGCUUGGACACAGAAACGUACAAUAAUGAGAGAACAUCCAGUUUAUCAUCUCACACAUUCCACGUGUCGGACCCCUCAGGGGACUCAGAGUCAGGCUCCAAUGACACAGACAUUGCCGAGGCCUCAAACACUGCUGAGCCGGCUGGUACACCUCUGCUUUUGGACUUAAAACAGCAAGCACGCUCCAAAGACUCCUCGUUACAAGGAGCCUCUGGCACCUGCUACAGACAGCAGACAGAUGGAGACAGUGUGGACGGAGGCGGUGAUAGCCAAGAUGAGGAUGAUGAGGAGGAGGAGGAAGAGGAGGAGGAGGAGGAGGAGGAUGGAGAGAAGGAGAAGCAGGAUGAGGAGGAUGAUGAGAAGAAUGAAAAGAAGUGGAAAACUCAGCAUGCAGGAGGAAGACCAGAGAUGGAGCCAUCACGACACUACUCCUCCUCAGCCCCAGGUCCCAGCACCUCGUCCUCCUCUCCACCUCCUCUUCUUCCCUCAGAGGAUGUCCCUUGCCCUCCUCAUGUCAUGGCUCAGGUCUGGGUACGCAACGUCCGGGGGAUGCAGGACAGCAAGAGCCUGGAUGAAAUCAGCCAAGCAUGUGGAGGUGGUUCGGGGGCCCGGGGAGGGGGCAGAGGGGGCCAGUCAGAGGGUCGAAGGGCCACGAUCUCCUCUGCUCUGGAGCUGGAGGGGACGGUCAGCCAUGAGGGAGACCUGACUAACUUCAUCACAAAGAACCUGGAGCAGAAAAUCAAGAUGAGCUCCAAGCCCAGUCUGGACUGCAGUGACUCGGACUGCUCAGGUCCCAUCUACCGAAGCCGGGGAUCGACGCGGAGACCAGCAGACAUCCCUCCCAUUGAUCCUGCCGUCUUAUUGGAUCUCCAGAAGCAUACACAGGAAGUGGCUCAGAGCGUGGAGAUGAUGAUGCGGAGCCUCAAUGGAACCAUCCAGAAUAUGACAGCUCUGAGUGUGGGCUACAUUCAGACCUACAGGGACUCCGUUGACAGCCUGGGAGAGUCUGUGGACAUGAGUAUAAAGGGCAUGUACACUCUGAUGGCUCGCUGCGAGGAGCUGGACCGUUCCAUGCAGCCCAUACACACCUUGGCUGCACAGAUCCGUGAUAUCAAACGCACCCUUGACGCUCUGGAGGCAAUCUGCAAAUAACCCCACACAGGCCGGUACAAGUGCACUCAUCCCAGCUGCAAAGAUCCAACAUCAAGCACACCCCGAACAAGGCUGUCUGCAAGUAAAACCACCCUCCUGCAGGUAGCACACACACACUGCAACAAGGAUACAGUGCACCUCUGGAUCCCUGGAACCAUUGCUACUAGGCAUGCUGGAUGAUCGCGCUCUUUGUCUCUCUGCUAGUUCAUCGUUUGAAGAUGACCUCGUCCGUGUCGUGAGAUUUCAGUCGAGACAGGCUUGAUUCGCUCUCGGGGCUGAGCUUUCUCUUUGUAGUUUUUUUUUUUAAACAACCUCACUUCCUCUAAUGAAUUCAUCAUGACACUCACAGAUUAACCUGCUUUGGAGACACUUUGUCAAGUGCCCUGGACACACACACACACACACACACACACACACACACACACACACACACACACACACACUCCACACACUCCACACACUCCACACAUACACGCAAAGAAAUCCACAAAGGUGCGUGGGUAGAAACCUUUGUCUCCCAGUCCAAGGUGAAAUAGUGUGUUGUUUUCCGUCCAGCCCGCUUGGUUCAGAUUGCACUAACAUUUCCUCCCCACAUGGGGGCGAUGUCGUUCUCUUUGUCUGGCUGAUGGAGAGGCCAGUAUGAACUGCUCAGAAGACAGAGACUUUUGCACAGGAACAGAAAGUCUAUUUUUUAAUCUUAUGCAACAAAGAUCCGAUUUCUUCACUGCAGGAUAAAAGAGGGGAGGGGACUAUCAUUGUCUGUCUGUCUGCUUGUGUGUCUGUGUGUGUUUGUGUCUUCUUCUUGUGUUUAUUUAUUCAUUUAUCAGCAUGCUCAUGUUUCAAAUAUACUGCUGCUUGCUGAUACACGGGACAAACCAGUUUAUCACUUUGAUUUUUUCCUCUGGUAGCCACUGAACCGCUUCAUGAAUGCAGUUUGAAGGUACUCAAAGAAGGUUUAGAAGGUGAUUCACUUCUUCUACUCAGACUCUCUAAAGGCUGAUUUAUACUUCUGCGUCUCCCCUACGCAGCAGGGGCUGACGCGGACAUGAGCACCACAUGCUUGUGCGUCGAUGUGUCCAUGAAGCGCAGCUAUUCUCUGCCGGAACGCUUGAGGGCAGUGUGGUCUCUCUGAUAGCCGGGCCCCUGCUUCCGGCCCCGCUACGAUCUCUGUUUACUUUUCCACAGAGAUUCAGAGCGUGUUCUGUUAAUCUACAGCUGAUACAUGUUGCUGUUUAUCAUACAGACAUGAUUACAUGAAGAAUAGAGAGGAGGAGAUCAAAUACACGGACGAUGAGCUGGGAUCCAGGAAGUGCUGUGAAUGCGGGAAAUCACAAUGCCGCAGAGUGGACCAAUCACAGGGCUUGUGGUCUGCGUCGAUUCUACGCCAAGCGGCAACCUCCGGUCUAAAAAUAUGAGUCCAAUGCGGAAGUGCCUAAAACUGCAGUUGAUUGAGGAUCCACUUGAGGCUGGCUCUGUAAGUACAGGAAACCACAUACACUCAUAAAAGCCGAUCUUUACAGCAGAAAUAAACAUGUUUACAGCCUGGUACAAAAGACGAUUUUAGUCUGGAUAGAUCAUUUCUCGAUCGGCACACACUGUACGGGGGGUGAAUUUUUCAACGGCAAUUUCGAAGAUAGUUAGAUUACAAGUCUUCCAAUGAGAGGCACAGCUGACUUGAUUGACAGGCAGAACACUGUAGCUGUUGGCGAAGAGGCCCAAAGCCCUCCUCUUUACGCCACAAUCACUCGACAGCUUCAAUAUGGCUCCCGCCGAUGAUUGGCUUCAAAACAGCGCUUUAGAAACAGAUGGGUGAAGUCCAUAUUUUAUACAGUCCAUGUUCUACGUGUAGUUACAUUAUGGAGGAGGUGCACGUCAGCUACAUGCGUAGGCCUUUGCGUAGGUACAGGAGCUACACGGACCCCCGGCGUAGGCUACUUUGAUUUGAAGCAGAAGUAUAAAUCAGCCUUUAGACUGCAUGUCUGCUUCUCUGCCUCUCAUUUUUAAUUCAGACUCAAGUUUCACUUCCUCAGCCGUCAUCAAGCAGCCCUAAUCGUUUCUGAGAAUAUAACUGGAAAAAUAUGGUAUGUAGCUUUAUCAUGUGACUUUAAAUAUGGAAGCUGAAUAAACCGAGCAUUUGACUUUUAAAUGUCUUCAUAUGCAACAAAAAAAAAGCGUUAUCAAAAUGAAUUAAGGAUUUCUCACAAAACUUGAAGAACUGUUUUAGUAGUUUACAAACUGCUCUGAAUGUCCAACUUAAAGACAACUUAUAUUUAUUACAAAAGCUCAGUUUCAAAACACUGAAUCCAUGAAAUCCAUCCUUAUACUUGCAGCUUACCUGAAACCAAGUUUUAGUCACAUUAAAUGAACGUUUUCUUCAUUAUGAACUAAACUUGUCAUGUUUUCUGCUUCAGCUGCGUUCAUAUUUGAAACUUGGAAAUAAAAAUCCUGCACAUUUAAUUCAAAUCAGUCACGGCCCGUCUCUGAUGGUACAUCUCUGUCACAGAGUGAUGAUACAGUCGACUGUGCGGCUCGUCCUCGCUUGCUUUUUUCUCUGAGGCAGAAGAUUGGACACUUUCUUUCACCAAAUAAAAACUUCAUCUGGGAAA